GCACGUUCGAUAUCACUCUUGUAAAAUUGUCGAAAAAUAAUUUUAUCCUUUGAUUUAUGUAACCAAUCAGAUGAGAGCGCGGUUGCCCUGGCGGUGACUGAAGCGGGAAGUAUGGCGGCGGCGACGACGAUAACAGAGGCUAGUGGUCCUCAUCCUGUCACUCAAAUGGCAAAAUCCGAAGGUACUGGUUUAGUUGACCUUUCAAAUCAAAGCCUCCACAAGCUGGAUCCAAACUUCUGUCCACCGGACACUCACACACUUGUCUUAGACCAGAACCAUAUCAUCAAACUGGAACAUCUGGAGAAGAAUGCAGCUGUUCAGCAGCUGUCUGUUGCCUGUAAUCGGCUAGUUCGCAUGAUGGGUGUGUCGAAACUCACACAACUGAGGGUCUUGAACCUCCCCAACAAUAGCAUUGGCUACAUCGAGGGACUGAAAGACCUGGUGCACCUCGAAUGGUUAAACUUAGCGGGAAACAACAUCAAGGUCAUAGAGCAGUUGAACAGCUGUGUAGCGCUGCAACAUCUGGAUCUGUCUGACAACAACAUUUCUCACACGGGUGACCUUUCAAAGCUCUCUGCCUUAAAGACGCUUCUUCUCCAUGGCAACAUUAUCACAAGUCUGCGUACUUCCCCAGCCCAUUUUCCUCUGAACCUCGCCGUUCUCUCAUUGGCUGAAAAUGAAAUCCGGGACCUCAGUGAGGUGUCCUACUUAUCAACUCUCCACAACCUUGAGCAGCUGUCUAUCAUGAACAACCCGUGUGUCAUGGCUACACCCUCAUUGCCUGGAUGUGAUUAUCGUCCGUAUGUUGCGAGCUGGUGCCUCAAUCUGAAGGUACUUGACGGAUAUGUGGUGUCACAAAAAGAAGGGCUUAAAGCAGAGUGGUUGUACAGCCAGGGCAAAGGCCGUAUGUUUCGCCCUGGACAACACAUACAGCUAGUCCAGUACCUGGCUUCGACAUGCCCCUUGACCUCCUCAUCUUCACUGCAGUCGGCUGAGGAUGCCAAGCUGGAGAGGAUCCUCAGCAAACAGAGGCAUCACCAGAAACAGCUGCUCCAGGAAGAUCAGUACGAUUCCCCAAGUCCUCUUCACCCGACUCAGCUGGAUAUGGAUGAGCACUGGACUGAUCCAGCACAAAAAGGAGUGGCCAAAACCCAGGUUCUUAAUGUCAUCAGUCAUCCAGCUUCUGAACCAGUUGUCCAGGUGAAUACUUGGAUGGCCAGUACAUCUUCAUCGUACGUGCUAGGUGCCGUUCACACCCAUUCUCAUGGCGAGGACAGUCUGGUUUUAGAAGACAUGCAGACAGAUGAGGAGAAGCUCCACGGCAGCAUGCUCUCCUCAGAGUCCGCCUUCCUACCUGUGAGCUCCGUCGUGCACUCACCGCCGUCCCCUGACAGUGCAGACGAAGAGCUGGACGAGCCCGAUUCACUGGCUCCUCCAAAUCCAGCCCGAUCUCAUCCUCAGAAGGUGGAGGAGGCAACAAGCUUUCAUUUUCAUCUCAGUCAAAAUGACUUGCAGACAAACAUUACAGACCAUAAAGCAGAUCAAGGAGAACACUUACAAACUGAUAGAUUGGUUCAUUUGCAAGUCAACAAGGACACAAAUGCCACAGAGGCAGGUACUGAGCUGAGAAGUCCAAGUGCUAAGGUGGCAGAGUGCCAUCCAGAUGCAGCAGCUGUGAAGAUUCAGGCCUGGUGGAGGGGAUACUGGACUCGACAGCAGCACCCACAGGCCAAAGAGGUGCGCUGUGAGAUUCGCCUACGCCGACUACAGGAUCACAUCGUCUACCUCACAGCGGAGCUAGAGAGGAUGCAGAAAGAGCAGCAGGAGGAGAAGUUGCAGAGGAUGAUCCAGGAAGAAGCUGUGAAGUUCCUCUGGAAGCAGCUUCAGGCCAUGAUGGAGUGGCAGUGUUCAGUGAAGGAGCAGCUCAGCUGUUUAUCCCCCUCGCAGAGCAUCGCUGCUGGUCCCAUUCCUGCCUGCCCUAAAGUCACAGCUCUUCCUAUGCGAAAUGAGGUCUCUAUCCCUGAAUCAGGCUUUCAUUCUCCUGGUGAACAGCAGGGGGCACUGGAGGACAGUAUGAGCAGCGCAGCUACAGGUGGCUCCCCUGAAACCGUGCGGACUUUGCAACCUACAAGUUCACCUGGAGCAGGGGCAGAUGGUGACAGUCAGGAUAGCAGCUUGCUGGAGCAGUAUAUUUCCUCCGUGCAGCGCCAGGAAGAGGAGGAAGAUGGAGAAGGGUGCACUUCACUGUUCUCUCCUGGUCAUGGUUCAGCGGCAUCUUCCUGUCCUGAUGGAGUGGAUGAAAGACAAGAGAACACUCUGCUGAAGUUAGAGGUGUGAAAAGAGAAAAAUACUGUUACAGCGGUCAUUUUUUCUCAACAUAAAAGGUCUAUGUUACCAUUUUAUUCAUUAUGGGAAAGUGCUAAGUAUUGUAUUCUGGCACUACCUCUAUAUACAUCACAAAGAAUGUGAGAAUACGAGCAGUCAUACUAAGAGAAAAUACGUCACAAUACACUUUUCUAAAGUAUCCUGGAUAUCAUAAGUACUUUUACGCUGACCGACCCCGGUGUUACUGAGUAACACAUUAGAUUUUGAAUCGGAUAUUAAAAUGUAUUUUUGUACAGAAUAUUUAACUUUCCUGCCUUUUCUGUGUUAAAUCGUUUAUUUUUGUAGACAUGAAAUAAAAACAUCAGUGAAUGAAUAGGUUUUCGUAGGUUAUUUUGAAAUGCAGCAUGACUGUUUGGCUGACACUUAGCAAAGCUAUAUAUUGUGGUACA